AUGAGCUCAUAUGAUCGUAGAUUUGCUGAUCCGAAUUCGUAUCGCCAACGCUCUGGCGCCCCAGUUGGCUCGUCUCAGCCGAUGGAUCCUUCUGCCGCACCAUACAAUCCACGGUACGGUGGUGGUGGUGGAUAUGGACCGCCUCCUGUAAUGGCGGCCGAAGGUUCCGGCUAUGGUCGGUACCCAUCUUUCCAGCCACCGAGUGGUGGUUUCUCCGUUGGUCGCGGCGGUGGCGGAAGAGGCGCAUAUGGUCAGUACGGGGAUAGAAAUGGUGGAUACGGCGGUGGCGGGAAUUGGGGAGGAGGAGGAGGACGUGGUGGAUCGAGUAAAAGGGAGCUGGAUAGCGUUUCUCUUCCCAAGCAGAAUUUCGGGAAUCUUGUCCAUUUCGAGAAGGAUUUCUACGUGGAGAGCCCAGCUGUGCAGGCGAUGACGGAGCAGGAUGUUGCCAUGUACAGAACAGGGAGGGAUAUCUCCGUUGAAGGCCGUGACGUUCCUAAGCCGAUUAAGAUGUUCCAUGAUGCUAAUUUUCCAGAUAACAUUCUGGAAGCUAUUGCUAAACUGGGAUUCACUGAGCCCACGCCAAUACAAUCUCAGGGAUGGCCAAUGGCUUUGAAGGGAAGGGAUUUGAUUGGUAUUGCCGAGACUGGCUCUGGUAAGACGUUGGCUUACUUGUUACCAGCGUUGGUUCACGUUAGUGCGCAGCCUCGAUUGGGUCAAGAGGACGGCCCCAUCGUGUUAAUAUUAGCGCCUACAAGAGAGUUAGCUGUUCAGAUUCAAGAGGAAUCAAGGAAAUUCGGGCUGCGAUCUGGUGUUAGAAGUACUUGUAUCUAUGGUGGUGCUCCUAAAGGACCUCAGAUUCGUGAUCUUAGAAGAGGUGUUGAGAUUGUAAUUGCUACACCUGGUCGUUUGAUCGAUAUGUUGGAGUGCCAACACACUAAUUUGAAGAGAGUGACUUACCUUGUGUUGGAUGAGGCUGACAGAAUGUUAGACAUGGGAUUUGAACCCCAAAUUAGAAAGAUCGUAUCUCAGAUCCGACCUGAUAGGCAGACACUGCUAUGGAGUGCAACAUGGCCACGAGAGGUUGAAUCUCUCGCCAGGCAGUUUCUACGAGAUCCAUAUAAGGCCAUUAUUGGAUCAACAGAUCUAAAAGCUAACCAAUCUAUUAACCAAGUAAUUGAGAUUGUACCAACGCCAGAGAAAUACGACAGGCUCCUUGCAUUGCUUAAACAGCUAAUGGAUGGAAGUAAAAUCUUGAUAUUUGUGGAGACAAAGAGAGGGUGUGAUCAAGUGACUAGACAAUUGAGAAUGGAUGGAUGGCCAGCUCUUGCCAUACACGGUGACAAAAACCAAACGGAAAGAGAUCGAGUCUUGUCAGAAUUUAAGAGCGGAAGAAGCCCGAUAAUGACUGCUACUGAUGUUGCAGCAAGGGGACUUGAUGUGAAGGACAUAAAGUGUGUGGUUAACUAUGACUUCCCAACUUCGCUGGAGGAUUACAUCCAUAGGAUUGGUAGAACCGGGCGUGCAGGAGCUAAAGGAAUGGCCUUUACAUUCUUUACGCAUGACAAUGCUAAGUUUGCAAGAGAGCUUAUCAAGAUCCUUAAAGAAGCUGGUCAAGUUGUACCUCCUACUCUCUCUGCGCUAGUCCGAUCUUCUGGCUUUGGAGGCUCUGGUGGUGGACGGAAUUUCCGGUCAAGAGGAGGAGGACGUGGCGGUGGUGGAUUUGGCCUAGGUUCGGAAAUCUACGACCUUGACUCUGCUUCAUGGAGGAGCCUGGACGGCGAGGAUAGCGCUAUCAUGUCGGCUGCUAGAUGCAGUGAUCACACGGUGUCUUUCAAGGGAAACACUUACUGGUUCGCGUUGGAGAAAGAAAAAGAAAAAUGGGAGCUCGGCGUGUUCUUGCUCAGCUUUGAUUUCGCAACUCACAAGUUCGGACGUGUGCCUCUUCCCUUUAAGUGUAAAUACCAAACCGCGUGUUUCUCGGUUGUUGGAGAAGAGAAGCUCGCUGUGUUAUUGGAUCCCGUGAAUGUGAAGGGUGCCAAGACUGAGAUAUGGGUGACGAGGAAGAUUGGUGAGAGUGAUGAGACCAAGUGGACCAAGGUGUUAGCGUUGGAUUUGAGCAGCCUCGGUUUUCAGAUUUCGGAUCUUGGGAGUAUCUUGUUCGAUGAGGAGAAGAAAGUCGUCGUCUACUGUGAAAGAUGGACAGACGAGUACAGCACCAAAGACAUGGUGUACAUUGUUGGGGAGGAUAGCAAUGUGACACAAGCGGAAUUUGGAGUGGAUAAGUUUGAUGGAUGUUGGCCAGCUAUUCUUAAUUAUUCUCCAAGUUUGGUUCAAAUCGAGCGAUCUGGAGGCAAGAAAAGAAAAAGAUUCGACAUGUAA